AUGUCACCCCGUCUUGAAGAGAGGGAGGCUACGUUGAUAGGAUUCGGCCUCGCGCGUGUCACAGAGGGCGAGCACACAGACGCGUGGAAGGAUUUGUGGGGGGAGGAAGUGAGGUUACAAGAGCAGCCGGUAUGGAAAGAGUGGUCGGAUGCCCUCAAGCCUCAUAAGCGCAAUGCCUCGAUCACGGAUCUGGCCCUGGCCACUGGUGUGCUCGAAAGCUCCCACGACGAGCUGUCAUCGUGCAGGUUUCUGGACACUCCUUGGAGAGAUGCUUUGACAGCUACCUACGGCCGGAUCCUGGUCACGGCAGACUAUCAACGCCUUCAGAGCAGUAUCGUGGACUUGAGCCAGACUGCAGGCCGUGACGAUGUAGUCGUAGGCGGGCAAAGCGGCUCGGGUAGAACUUACCUGGCUUAUUACCUGCUUGCCCUUGCCCUAGCUCGUCAGCAGAAUGUCGUAUUCUUCGCCGGAUCACGUGUAGUCGUCUUCAGUUCGCUCGGUGUAUUCGAUGCGCCUACAUUUAAUGUCCCUUUGCCAUCUCUUGCAUAUUUUGAGAGGGCUGUCGGAGGUGAAUGUAUCGCGCUGGUGGACGUUACUCAAGAUAGCGAUAUCUGCCCUUCCGAGAAGAAUGUUCUUCACCAUAUGCAUAUGUCCAUUCGCAAGUUCAACUCGAUACGAAGACUGGGGGCUGGACUAUCGUUCAAUAUCUCUCGCUUCAGAUGCCUUCUCAGCUCGCUCCAUUAUUUCAGCGCAAGAGCCACGCUGCAACUUCGGAUCAAGCCCGCCAAACAAUGCCUACUGCAGCUCCUGAAAUGCCUUGCGAUUGCUGGUCCUAAUCUACGUGCAUGUCUCUCGUUGGACGCCCACGCCUUACGCGCUUCGUUAGAGCGCUCCAUCCUCUCGGUUUCUCCUCAUACGCUUCUCGAUCUGGCCGAGACGGCGUCAUUCGCACCGGCAUAUUUGAUCGAUGUCGCUCGUGCCACUAGCAUAAUCGGAUUAUUCUCGUAUAGAAAGGUCCCCGAGAAGGGCUGGGAGGGCAUUCUUCCUGCCAUCGCUUCCCGUCCCGUCAUCGGAUACGUAUCCGAGAUGCAUGGCUUAUCCGGUUUGUCUGCCCUUCGGUCUAUGCAGGCGGCUCAAGAUCCUCCAGACGGCUUCGUGCAGACCAGGGAGUGGCUAUUCGAGCAUAUCUGUCACUCGAUCUUGAUGGACGGGACAUCGAAGAACGUCUCUGUUGCGGCGCAAUGCCCAAGACAAACACAACCACGCGUAAGACGAACGCGAGCAGAAGGAGGGCUAGUCUGA